AUGGCUGAGGACCAAAGCCUUGGCAGUACCCGGUCAGCGUCUUCACCCGCUCGUCGGAGCCGCCGACCUGCGCAAUCCUGCGACCCGUGCCGCCGCCGAAAAGUACGUUGCGAUCUCAAAUCGCCAUGUUCAGCCUGUCAAGUCUCCAGAAACCCGGUGACGUGCAUAUAUCGAGGAGAUCAGCAGCAACGUAGUCUCGUCCUGGAAGACCGUGGAAGCGAGGGCAAUACUGUCCAACAACAAGUUCCUCGCUCGCUCAGCGUUGCCCCAAAGAACAACAUCGAUCACCCUGCAAAGAGGCAACGAACAACGAAUGAAUCGGAGCAAAUUCGGAGAGUAGAGCGACGUGUACAGCAGCUUGAGCACUCGGUUGUACCAGAAGUCGAUCCCCCGCAGCACAGCCUCAGCAGCAGCAGCAGCAACAAUCAUCUCACGCUGCUGGCAUUGUCUGAUCGCCUCCAACACGUCGGGCUGCGGCUUGCUGAGCUCUCCCAAGCUCGUCCUGCGCCUUCAGCUGUCACGGGCGAUAAGACUCUAACAAUUCCAUCUGUCAUCCCGCGACUUCGUCACAACCAGAAGAAGGUAAAACUGUUUCCUUCAAGCCACUGGCUGCACACUGCUGAGAAGUUCAGAGUCAGCCAUUUUGGAGACAGGGACGUUGAAUUGACCUUUGUGGAUACUAAGGCCGAGCUGGCCGAUUCGGUGAAUGAGAUACGCAACUUGCGACUCACGAUGAAAAAUGAGCAGGCACCGCAGAUGGAUGACCCCGUUCCUCAACUUCUGAGUACAAUGCCGGCUCGUUCCAUCUGUGACCGACUAGUGAAUCACUACAUGCGGACUUUCGAGUUGAUCUAUCGUUGUUUUCACAUUCCCACAUUCUGGGCAGAAUACGAACAAUACUUCAGCCAGCCGCAGCCUGUAGUUACAAACUUUGCAAUCAAGUUGGGUUUGGUGUUGGCCAUUGGAAGCGUCUUCAGCAACGACGACGACAAAUUUCUACAGCGCGCGCGGCGUACUUGGAUACAAGCUGCUCAAUACUGGAUGGUUGGACCGUCAGAGAAAGCUACCAACAAUCUUGAUGGAAUUCAAAUUCUCUGUCUUCUAUUGGUUUCGCGGCAGAUAACAUUAGUCGGCCGUUCACCGUGGCUGUCGGAAAGUGGUCUACUUCGGGUGGCUAUGGCUAUGGGCCUGCACCGAGAUCCACAACUGUUUUCUCUGUCUCCUUUUCAAGCCGAGAUACGAAGGAGGCUUUGGACAACAGUCCUAGAGCUCGUAAUCCAUGGUUCCAUGGACAGUUCCAUCCCUUUGCUUCUUUCUUCAAACGACUUUGACGAUCAUAUGCCUCUUAAUGUCAGCGAUGCUGAUUUAGAUUCAGCCAGCAAAGAGUCUCCAUCUCCACAACCGUUGACAAGCUAUACGGAAUCGUCGAUACAAAUUCUCAUGCGUCAAUCCCUGCCGUUACGACUUGAAGUUGUCAGGGCGGUCCAAAACGAGCGAUUAGAGCACUCAUACGAAAUGGCCAUUGAGCUAGCUACGAAACUUCAGACAGUUUGCCGUACUCUUGCAAGCUAUUGUCGGUCGCAUUGGUCGCAAUUCCUAGGCAUGCAUCACGCUUUCCUUGAUAUGCAGAUUCGUCGGUAUAUUCUGGUUCUGCACCGGCCUUUCAUGCUACAAGCGCAAAAGGAUCCCCGCUUCUACUUUUCCCGGAGGGUUUGUCAGGAGUCUGCAAUGAUUAUCGCCACUUAUGCCGAGCGACUUCGGCUACCUGCAGACUCUCUUGACGAUCUGUCCAAGUUGAUGGUGAUGAGCACAGGGUCAUUUCGCGGACCUUUGAGCCUGGACGUAAUUUCAGUCUUGGGCUUGGAGGUUGUGUCUCAGCUGGAGGAAACGGGUUCCGGUCCGUCAUCUGCUUCGAUUGGUCUCAACCACACAUUGGUCCUCGAUCCUCUCGCUGAACUGGCGCGCGGCCAGCGAGCGCCCAUAAUUCGACUUUUGGAACACAUCAACGAACAACUACUGCAGAUCGUAAAGUUGGGCCAUCCUACGUUGAAACGCUACAUCUUUCUUGCUGGCAUUCUUUCCCAGAUCUACGCCAUGGAACGUGGCCAACCCGUUUUGCCUGCUGUGCUGAACACUGCAAAAGACAGCCUGAAGGAGUGUUACGAUGUACUACAGUCCUACAGGGCCGCCAACACUCCCCGAGAAGUGUCGCAAGACGUGAUCGAUAAUGAACUUCUUGACGGCCUGGAUUUUGGCGCAAUGGACUCCAACUACCUGGACUUUUCGGCCUUUUUGGUUCCAACUAUUUGA